CGGGAAAAGGAGGAAGAGGUGGCGGUUGGGGCCAAGUGUGUCCUCGCACUUUCUUCGGCGCCUUCCUGCGGACCGGCUCCCGACCUUUUUCCCCUGUUCCCCGUUCCGAGAGGGUGACGGGCGGCGGCAGCCGGGCUGGGCAGGAGAAGCAAGAGCGAGGGCAACGAAUCUGCGGCUCUUGCCGGGAGUGGGGAAGGCCGGGGCCGCGGAAAUGGAGAACUCGCAGCUGUGUAAACUGUUCAUCGGCGGCCUGAAUGUGCAGACGAGCGAGUCGGGCCUGCGCGGCCACUUCGAGGCCUUCGGGACGCUGACGGACUGCGUGGUGGUGGUCAACCCCCAGACCAAGCGCUCCCGCUGCUUCGGCUUCGUGACCUACUCCAACGUGGAGGAGGCCGACGCCGCCAUGGCCGCCUCGCCGCACGCCGUGGACGGCAACACGGUGGAGCUGAAGCGGGCCGUGUCGCGCGAGGAUUCGGCCCGGCCCGGCGCCCACGCCAAGGUGAAGAAGCUGUUCGUCGGCGGGCUGAAGGGCGACGUGGCCGAGGACGACCUGGUUGAGCACUUCUCGCAGUUCGGCCCCGUGGAGAAGGCCGAGAUCAUCGCCGACAAGCAGUCGGGCAAGAAGCGAGGCUUCGGCUUCGUCUAUUUCCAGAGUCACGACGCGGCGGACAAGGCGGCCGUGGUCAAGUUCCACCCGAUCCACGGCCACCGCGUAGAGGUGAAGAAGGCCGUGCCCAAGGAGGACAUCCACCCGGGCGGCGGCGGCGGCGGCGGCCCCAGGCCGGGCCGGGGGGGCCGGGGGGGCCGGGGCCGCGGCGGCGGCGGCGGCCGCGACCAGAACGGCCUGUCCAAGGGCGGUGGCGGCGGUUACAACAGCUACGACGGCUAUACUAGGGGCGGUGGUGGCUAUAACGCCUAUAGUGGCGGCGGCUCCUCGUACGGCGGAGGCGACCACGGCAACGGGUUCGGCGGCUUCGGCAGCUACAGCCAGCACCAGUCCUCGUACGGGCCCAUGAAGAGCGGGGGCGGCGGCGGCGGCGGCAGUUGGGGCGGCCGCAGUAACAGUGGACCCUACCGGGGUGGCUGCGGCGGGGGUGGCGGGGGCUAUGGGGGCAGCUCUUUCUAA